AAACUGUCUGAGGUCUGUGGACCUAUGUCUGAGGCUAUGUGCUUUAUCAGGAUGGACCAAUGGCGGCAAGAAUUGAAGUGAGGCCAGAUGCUCAACUACAGGCCGUGGCUGAAUCAUUUGCUAAGAAUUGCUGUAACCAUAAGUACUUCUGUUUAAUCUGCAGCAUUAUAUAUGUUGCAGAUUGGUGAAAUAUAUACAUAUGUACACCAUGUAUGGUAUUUAUUAUCCACACGUGAAGGCCAUUUCCCAUAGAGUCUAUUUUGAGCUAAUAUUUGUUUUCCACUGAUUUUCUGUUUUUUUUUUACUGUAAUAAUAAAACAAUACCUUGUAUUACAUGAUCACUAAGUUAUCACAAGUCCAUAUUGGUGGCAAAACAAUCCUGUUGUUUGGUCUAAAAAAUAUUUAGUUAUGGUAUAAUGAUCCAAAUAACAUAAAGACCCCUUCUACGUAAUACUCCAGAUCCCAAGCAUUCUGCAUGAAAGAUCAAAGAUGCAUAAUUCAGUGAGUAGGAUCUGAAUCUGCAAUACUCAAUAGUAUUCAUCUUUUCUUACUUUGUGAAUGUUCUUUUUUCUGUAUUUAGUUAAAGGAAUGAGACAUGUUUUGAAUUCUCCGAGAGGUUCUCAGAUUGAAGGCUCUCCCUGGAGAAGACAUGAGUGAACCAUUUGAUUGCGAUAGUUGUAAGGAGUCCUUGUACGGACGCAAGUAUAUCCAGAUGGAAGAGGGUCCUUACUGUAUUCCUUGCUAUGAUUCCCUGUUUGCCAACACUUGUGAUGAAUGUAAAGAACUUAUUGGCCAUGAUUGUCGGGAGUUGUAUUACGAAGAUCGCCAUUACCAUGAGCAUUGCUUUCGAUGCUUUCGUUGUGAUCAUUCUCUGGCAGAUGAGCCUUUCACAUGCCAGGAUGAGGAACUCUUAUGUAAUGACUGUUACAGCAAUGAAUUCUCCUCCAAGUGCAUCAGUUGUGAGAAAACAGUCAUGCCAGGCUCCCGCAAAUUAGAAUACAAUGGGCAGACCUGGCAUGAACACUGUUUUAUUUGCAACAGCUGCCAGCAACCAAUUGGAUCCCGUUCUUUCAUCCCAGAGAACCAGAACCAUUACUGUAUGCCUUGUUAUGAGAACAAGCUAGCCCCACGCUGUACACACUGCAAAAAGUCUCUUACCAAAGGAGGGGUUACUUAUCGAGAUGAGCCAUGGCACAAGGAAUGUUUUGUCUGCACCGGAUGUAAAACCCAGCUGGCUGGGCAGCAGUUCACUUCCCAGGAUGAAAAGCCAUACUGCGUCAAAUGCUUCGGGAACCUCUAUGCCAAGAAAUGUGCAGGGUGCACUAAGCCUAUCACAGGUUUCGGGGGAGCUAAGUAUGUCUCCUUCGAAGAGAGACACUGGCAUCACAGCUGCUUCAAUUGUUCCCGUUGCUCUACUUCGCUGGUGGGGAAGGGUUUUAUCCCAGACAAUGAGGACAUUCUUUGCCGUGCAUGUAACAGUGAUUUAUAAUCUAAUUGAGCCUGUUGUCAAGGUGUGUCAUUUCUCUGCCAGAGGCCUGCAGCCCUGUGUUACAGGCUUCUUGUGUAACAAACUGCAAGAUGCAAAAAAAGAAAAUACACCUAUUUCCUAUAGAACAGGCUUUUAGAAUUUGCACAGUGAUUUUUAUAUCUGUUUUUAUGGCUUUGAACUCCAGCAAUAUGUGUCUGUUGAUGUUGAUUGGAGCUAGUAGUAGGCUGUCUUAGCUUUUUUUGAGGUAAUGGGUGGUUAUGCUGCUGAGUAAUCACCUGAAAAAUGCUCUGUAAUUUAAUUUCCUUCUUUUUUUUUUUUUCUUUUUUUUUUCAUCUUGUUUGAUUGCACUGUGAAAGCAAACGGUGUUAAUAGUUAGGCAUGGGAAUUCUGUGUCAUCAUUGAAAAGAAGCCUAGAAUGGUGCAUAGUGAUGCUAAGUUAUACUGCUUCCAGGCACGAUUUGCUUUAUGCAACUGGAGUGCUACUAUUUAAAGAGCUAAAAUGCGAUGGUAUUUGUUUGUUAGAUUUUACUCAUAUGUAUGGAUGACAAUGUUAUAUACCUUUCAGAUAUAAUUUCAGAAAACUGUUUCUAUUACAUAUAGACACUAUAGUAUUAAGCCCAGGUGUUGAUUUCAAAUGUUUUAUGUGUUAUUUUGUGUCAUUAGGUAAUCGUAUACACACCUGCAUUUUGUCUCCCCUGCAAUACAGUUGUGUUCAGAAUAAUAGCAGUCCGACAUCACUAACCUGAUCAAUCCCUGUUUGUGGUAGAAAUUUUCUACAUGGCAAAUAAUUUACGAGUAGGUGUAGUAGAGUAAUAGAAAACGAACA